AUGCCGAAGAAGGUGUCGUACAAGCUGAAGAUUCGCAACACCAUCCUUGCGUCUCUCAACCGCGCCGACAAGUUCCUGCAGAACUUUGUGCUGGAAAAGCACGCCGAUCAGGUGCAGUCGCGGCUCGAUGCGGUCAACCAGGCCUGGGCGGAGUUCGAGGCGCUCCAGCUUGAGAUCGAGACCAUCGAGGAGGAGGACCUCAAGGAAGAGGAUGAUGCCACAGCCAUGGAGGAGGAACAUGAGCGAGUCCGAGAGCAGUUCGAGGGGUUGUACCACAAGGUAAGGGCAGGGUUGAAGUCGAGGUUGCCUUCUGGGGUUGCGUCUGGGUCUAGCGCAUGCGUUGCGCGUGCCGGCAUACAGUUGCCGAAGAUCACUUUGCCGAAGUUUAGUGGGGAGUACGAUGAGUGGUUGCCUUUCCACGACACUUUCAAGUCCCUCAUCCACGAAAACGUUGAUUUGACCGCGAUUCAGAAGUUCCACUACUUGCGAGACUGUCUUAUCGGUGAGGCCAGAAAGAUGAUCAACUCGAGUGAGUUCAGCGCGAAGAGCUACCAGGUGGUCUGGGACUUGUUGGUCAAGCGACAUGCCAACAAGUAUCUCCAGAAGAAGCGCUAUGUCAACGGGUUGCUUCAGUUUCCGCGAGUGAAAGGGGUGUCGUCGAGUAGCAUCCACGACGUGGUGGAUCACUUCAGCCGUUGUACGCAGAUUCUGGACCAGUUGGGCGAAGUGACCGGUGGCUGGGGCGUGAUGCUGACGCAGUUGUUGGUGUCGAAGCUGGAUGACGUGACGCAGAAGGAAUGGGAGGCGUUGGCAGCCAAGAAGGAGGACCCGCAGUUCACCGACGUGAUAGCGUUCCUGGAGGAGCGGACGAAGGUCUUGGAUGCGGUCGCAGUUGAUCAGCUGUUGGGCAGUCAGCGUGGUUCUCCUCCGUGUCUUCGGUUCCAGCAGCCCAGCCCAAGAAAUCGUUCCCGAAGCUGA